AUGACGAUGUCCAGUAAAGAUGACGUACCCCUUUGUGUCCGCUUCAAAGCCAUCGUAAAUAAUCCAACCGACUCAGCUGCUCAGUUGUCCCUGCAGCUCAGCAAUGAUGCCCAGACAAACGCCCGAGAUCUGCUUAUUGUCAAUAACACUGGACUCGUAUGGGUUUCACAGGAAUACGAGAUUGAUCCAUCGCCCUCAAGUACGAAUCGAACGGUGUACUUCAGUGGCGUUUACGGAGACGGCGAUGGAGUAUAUCUUGAUGAUGUUUCUAUCUUUCAAGGACAGUGUGUUGUGUGCCAGGCUGACUACUGUAGUAAUGGCGGUACCUGUAGCGUAGUAAAUGGUGCCCGAGCCUGUGGUUGUGUUUCCGGUUUUACUGGACAGAGGUGUGAAUUCACAGAUUUAUGCUCCCCAAACGACCCUUGCAAUAAUGGUGGCACGUGCUCACAGAUAGCCGAUAGAUUCACCUGUACAUGCGCAACCGGAUUUUGGGGAACUAACUGCGAUGACGCUGACAUUUGUUUGACAAGCAACAAUUGUGCUAAUGGCGCCACCUGCAUACAAACCGGAAGUACCUCGUCCUUCUGUAAUUGUCCCGAUGGAUUUUACGGAGCUUUGUGUGACCUGACAGACAUUUGUUCAUCGCAGCCAUGUCAAAAUACUGCCAGCUGCAGCGCUAGUGGGAGUGCGGACUUUUAUUGUGUUUGUCCAUCCGGUAUUAUCGGUGAUGUGUGCUCCGAAACUGGUACUGGUUGCUCGUUUGAGCCAGGCCAGACUUGCCCGUUCACUAAUAUUAAUGCUGGGGAGAGCGACUGGGAUAUCAGCACACCAGGAGGAGGGCCUUCUGUACCUCAACAUGGAGAAAUAUACAUGUAUCUUACCAAUGACUUUGCUUGGUUUUAUGCAAAUUCUGGGCUACCUACUGGUGGUUUCUGCUUGACCUUUCACUAUAUACUUGCGGAAGUGGCGACCUUAGUGGUGUUCUCUGGAAAUUCAGGACAACUGUCUUCCAAUUGGAUCGCAUCAGGAGAAUCAUUCACCGAUUAUAGAUUGAUUAAAGUCGAUAUACCUGCAGAUAGAUCAGAGGUCGCAUUCCAAGGAACUGUAUCGCAGACGAGCAAUACUGGAUAUAUAGCCCUCGACAAUAUACGUGCUUAUUCAGGAGCAUGUGAUGAAUGUAAACCAAACCCAUGCCAGAACGGAGGGACAUGCGCUUUGGAGGGUAGCACGGCUACUUGUACUUGUCCAAGUGGCUUCUCCGGACCUAAUUGCAGUGAAGUGACACAAGUUUGCCAAAACAAUCCUUGUCAAAAUAACGGAAUCUGUUCUGGGUCAGAUAAUGACUUUUCCUGUGCAUGUACUACUGGAUUUUUUGGAUUAUUAUGCGAACAAGCUGCAUGUGAUACCAACACUUGUCAAAAUGGAGGGACUUGUUCCAUAACAGGAUCAUCGUUCAGCUGUCAAUGUACAAGUGGAUUUACAGGAUCUAGAUGUGAAACAAAUAUUCAAUGUGAUACCAACUCAUGUUCAAAUGGAGGGACUUGUUCCAUAGCAGGAUCAACAAUCAGCUGUCAAUGUCCAAGCGGGUUUACGGGAUCUACAUGCGAAACAAAUAUUCAAUGUAAUACCAACCCAUGUGGAAAUGGAGGGAGUUGUUCCACAGUUGGAUCAACAUUCAGCUGUCAAUGUCCAAGCGGGUUUACGGGAUCUACAUGCGAAACAAAUAUUCAAUGUAAUACCAACCCAUGUGGAAAUGGAGGGAGUUGUUCCACAGUUGGAUCAACAUUCAGCUGUCAAUGUCCAAGCGGGUUUACGGGAUCUACAUGCGAAACAAAUAUUCAAUGUAAUACCAACCCAUGUGGAAAUGGAGGGAGUUGUUCCACAGUUGGAUCAACAUUCAGCUGUCAAUGUCCAAGCGGGUUUACGGGAUCUACAUGCGAAACAAAUAUUCAAUGUAAUACCAACCCAUGUGGAAAUGGAGGGAGUUGUUCCACAGUUGGAUCAACAUUCAGCUGUCAAUGUCCAAGCGGGUUUACGGGAUCUACAUGCGAAACAAAUAUUCAAUGUAAUACCAACCCAUGUGCAAAUGGAGGGAGUUGUUCCACAGUUGGAUCAACAUUCAGCUGUCAAUGUCCAAGCGGGUUUACGGGAUCUACAUGCGAAACAAAUAUUCAAUGUAAUACCAACCCAUGUGGAAAUGGAGGGAGUUGUUCCACAGUUGGAUCAACAUUCAGCUGUCAAUGUCCAAGCGGGUUUACGGGAUCUACAUGCGAAACAAAUAUUCAAUGUAAUACCAACCCAUGUGCAAAUGGAGGGAGUUGUUCCACAGUUGGAUCAACAUUCAGCUGUCAAUGUCCAAGCGGGUUUACGGGAUCUACAUGCGAAACAAAUAUUCAAUGUAAUACCAACCCAUGUGCAAAUGGAGGGAGUUGUUCCACAGUUGGAUCAACAUUCAGCUGUCAAUGUCCAAGCGGGUUUACGGGAUCUACAUGCGAAACAAAUAUUCAAUGUAAUACCAACCCAUGUGCAAAUGGAGGGAGUUGUUCCACAGUUGGAUCAACAUUCAGCUGUCAAUGUCCAAGCGGGUUUACGGGAUCUACAUGCGAAACAAAUAUUCAAUGUAAUACCAACCCAUGUGCAAAUGGAGGGAGUUGUUCCACAGUUGGAUCAACAUUCAGCUGUCAAUGUCCAAGCGGGUUUACGGGAUCUACAUGCGAAACAAAUAUUCAAUGUAAUACCAACCCAUGUGCAAAUGGAGGGAGUUGUUCCACAGUUGGAUCAACAUUCAGCUGUCAAUGUCCAAGCGGGUUUACGGGAUCUACAUGUGAUACAAGCAUUGCUGGUAUGACGAAAUGUACCUUUGAGGAUGGAGAGUCUGACUGUCCGUUUGACAAUACUGACAUCGAUAGAUAUGACUGGGUCAUCGUAGAAGGAAGUUCAACCAGAGGACCAAGUGCAGCGCAGGAGGGCGUCAGAUAUUCUACUGCGAGAGCUUCUGGUUCGUUUGGGUAUGCCGGACUUAUUACUGAAGUGGAAACAGAUGAAGACCGGUGCCUGUCGUUUUACUAUCAAAUGAAUAGGAGAGGUGGCUAUCUUGAUAUCUAUGAACUUCAGCCAGGAAAUGAUGAAUAUACACGUGUCUGGGAGUCAGACGGAAAUGUCGAGCUUCGAACGUGGUUGUAUGCGGAAGUGGAUGUUACAGAAAAAGAGUUGGUAAUCGCUGCAUGGAUUGGAAGAGGCAGACGGGUAUCAAUCGAUAAUAUCGAGCUAACAUUGGGAACGUGCUCGAGCUUGAAUAUAUGCGAUACCAAUCCCUGUGAUAACGGUGGAACCUGUACCGGAACAAGUCGGAAUUUUACAUGUACCUGUUCAGCAGGGUUCAGAGGCCCCACCUGUGCUGAAACAGAUCCAUGCAUCCCCAACCCUUGUCAAAACGGUGGCACAUGUGCACCGGAAUCUGACGGAAGUUUUACGUGUGCUUGUCUCCUUGGUUUCACGGGAGCCAAUUGUGAAAAUGAGGUUGUAGAUCCAUGCCUCCCUAACCCUUGUCAAAACGGGGGCACAUGCGCACCAGAAUCUGACGGAAGUUUUACGUGUAAUUGUGGCCUUGGUUUCACGGGAGACAUUUGUGAAAAUGAGGAGGCAAACAUCCUGACCUGCUCCUUUGAGCUAAAUGAAUCAAACUGUGGACUGACCCAGGGAGUGAAUUUCGCGGACACCCAAAAUGGAUUAUAUGAUGACUUCUCUGAUUGGAAAGAAACUUCAGGGUCGACACCCAAUCCCAAUACAGGUCCAAGUAGCGCAAUCGAUGGUGACAGGUAUGCUUACAUAGAUGCCAGAGAAAUGUCGCGUAACACCUACGCUAUGCUUAUUGGACGUGAUUUACCAGUUGAUGAAAAGUGCCUGACAUUUAAGUACCACAUGAGAGGACGACCAUAUUUUCUCGAAGUUUACGCCUCUUCACCCAAUCCAUUUGAAUUCUUAUGGUCAGAGAAUGGCAACCAGGGUGACGUUUGGAACACGGCAACAAUAUCUCUACCAGCUGGCCGUUAUUCGUCGAUCUACAUUGUCGGCUGGAAAGGAAGAUCAAACAAUGGAGACAUUGCUAUAGACGACGUCAAAAUAACAAGAGGCGCCUGUACCUGAAAACACAGUUGAAUGCCGACGAAUGCCUAACGACUCUCCAUGCCAUCGUUAACAAUUUGACUUUAUUUCAUUUUAUUUACCCAUAUUUCAUAUAUAAUAAUUAUCCGGAUUUUCUUUUGUAUCACAUUUGUCUACUUAUAUUAUAAAGAGCAUUUGAAAA